AUGUUGCGUUUCCGUUUUUCCUUUCUUGUAUUUGGAAGUGAAGUGGAAUGAGGCAGCACAGCCUGCUCCUACAGCCGAUGAGAUGAGGUGAUUGAGGUCCGUCCAGGACAAAAAAGCGAAACGACUCCUUCAGUUCCGUCCCGUUCGUGACGACCUCCGGUCCCGGGAGGGGGAGGGGGAGGGGGAGGGAGAGGCGAGGUCAUGGCCUCCGGCACCGGCUCCGGCCAGCCGCAACCCGCAGCAGCUGAUGCUGACCCGGGAGCCGGCGACAACAAGCUCGUCUUCGAGACGCCGCUGCAGCCGCAGCCCGUGAGGGAGGACUACGUCGAGAACGCCGUCAAGUUCCUCUCCCACCCAAAGGUCAGGGGCUCCCCCGUCGUCUACAGACGAUCCUUCCUCGAGAAGAAGGGCCUCACCACACAGGAGAUCGACGAGGCCCUACGAAGAGUCCCUGAUCCUGAACCCAUCACUACGGCUACCGCUUCUCCACAGCAGCAGGUUGGCAGCCAGAAUCAAUCAGCUGGGGCGCAAACUUAUGCGCCAGCGCGAUCUAUGCACCCAGCAACCGCUGGCCCUGUCGUCCGACCCCGGUUCAGCUGGUACCAAGCAUUCCUCGCUGCAGGGCUCUUGCUUGGUUUUGGUGCUAGCACGGCUGUCUUUAUCAAGAAACUGUUCCUUCCUAGGCUCAAGUCUUGGAUCCGCAACGUCGUAGCACAAGGUGAUGGCGCUGAAGGCAACCAACUUAAGCACAGGAUUGAUGAGGAAACGGCUGAGGCUGUAAAGGCUUCUGCUUCAGCUGUUUCUGCUAUUGCCAAAACAAACCAGCAGCUGCUUGCUUCAAAGGAUGAAGAAAAGAAGAUACUCGUGACAUUAACACAAGCUCUAGAUUCCCAAGCCAAGGAGUUAAAAUCCUUGACCGAGUCAAUCAAUCGUACCAGGGAACCCAUAAACAUUACCAGAGACGAUAGGUUUUCUCAGCACCGCCCACUGGAAGACCAUGUCCCUCCUGUUACGAGGAAUGGGGCAAUUAACAGUUCAUGGAGAUCUUCUCAGCAAACUAACAUGUAUGGUGUGUCACAUGGUGACUUUGGUUCCGCAGCAAGGUCUGCUUCAUUCGUGCCAGCACCUGCUGAACCUACAGCUGGAUCAUUUUCAAGAUCUUGUGCCGAGCAGACGUCCACCGCUGCACAACGAGCGGAUAGGUCCUCUGGCGGUAAGCCAUGGGAGAUGCAGCAGUAUUCGCAGCAGAGGCCUGGUUAUGGAUCCAACUCCCAGUUGAAUGAUGAUGGAUCAUACUCUGAUGCCCAGGACAGCUAUGCUCCUUCCUAUUACCAGAAUGGAAAGGCCCCUGAUUUUCAAUCAGAUGAACCUAGGUCUUUGACCUACAACACUGGGAUUGAGGAGAGACCGCCGCCGCCUCAGCGCCGCUGGGUGCCCCCUCAGCCUCCAGGUGUUGCGAUGCCAGAAGCAGCUGCUGCUAUACGUCAACCAAAGGUCCCUCCAAAGCAGCCCUCCAGCGAUGCCUCUCGGGCAGCUGGAGAGAUGCAGGUGAAUGGUGCUUCAAGUGCAUCACCGGAUGCUGUGACUGAGGUUCCUGUUAAUAGUGCUACCACAAGUGAUGCUGGACACAGCGAGAUCGAAGAACAACCAGUGGCCGUCUAAGUGAAAAACCGAGACCAGCCAAGAACUGGGAAGCAAUCUAAGAGAGAUUUGGGGUUUCUGGUACAUACUGGGGUUUGUCAUACAUUUCUGAAUAACAUGUGUCAGAACAGCAUGACGACAACAUGUCAAUAAGUAGCAGAUAGUUUCUGUAUUUAGAGUAAUGCUACUUGUACACAGGAGAAUGUCAAGCAUUAUCUAUGGCUGUUCGAUCGAGGGUGCUUAAAGGUUGUGAAUUGUUGUCUUUUAUUUUGUUUGCAUUUUGCUGUUCGCUUCA